AUGUCUAACCAUUACCUUGACAAACCAGUUCUGACGGUGCACCAGACCAUCAGCGAUGUGCGCGGGAGCUUCUACCAGGAGAAGACGGUGUUCUUCCGCUGUACUGUCAACUCCAACCCCCCGGCCCGCUUCAUCUGGAAACGAGGCACCAUUCCCAUAGAGCAGAGCAAGGAUCAAGGAGUGGACAUCUACGAACCGCUAUACACACAGGGGGAGACCGAGGUUCUGAAGCUGAAGAACCUGAGGCUGAAGGACUUUGCCAACUACACGUGCCAGGUGUCCGUUCGCAACGUGUGUGAAAUCCCUGAUAGCUCUGUCACCUUUCUCCUCACCAUCGGCACCACUCCCCCUGCUCUACGGCUUUCUGUCAACGAAUCCUUGGUGGUAGACCCCGGGAAGGACGUGACCCUGUCAUGCGAGGUGACCGCAGGAUUGCCUAAACCCACAGUCACCUGGUCGCGCUACCUCAACCCGUUGCCGAGAAACUCGUUGGUAAGAGACGGGACUCUGGAGUUGCGCUCGGUGACGCCCGCCGACUCAGGCUUCUACAACUGCACUGCAGUCAACAAUGUGGGGAACCCAGCCAAGAGGAACGUCAACCUCCUCGUCCGAAGUAUGGGUAACCUUACCUUCCAGAUCACACCCGACUCCAACAAGGACAGUGAGAGCAUCCAGAUGGGCCGUGACCUCAAGCUUUCCUGCCACGUGGAUGCGGAGCCCCAGGACAAGGUCAACUGA